GUCCUGUGGUUGGAAGUUGGAACGCGGAAGUGUUACUAUUUUCCUCCUCCACAGUUAUGAGUAAAACGAGCCUUCAUUUUCUAGGGUCCUUUACCUAUCUGUGGCACGUUCAGCAACCAUGUCCGCUCUAUCUGGCAUGGAGAACUCAGCGGGCGUGGUGCUGAGGAGGGCGGUGGAGCUGGAUGCGAGCGGUCGGUACCAGGAGAGUUUGGUCUGUUACCAAGAGGGAAUCGAGCUUCUGAUGCAGGUGCUGAAAGCUACAAAAGAUGAUUCAAAGAAAGCCCACUACAGACAGAAGUUAACCACCUACAUGGACAGAGCAGAACAAAUCAAACAACAUGUAAUCAAAGAGAAGGAAGAGGGAAAAUAUCACAAGCAAAUCAAAAUUGUAGAUAAUUCUACAGGAUAUAGCUAUGAAAACCUCUUUAAACCAUAUGUAAAUGAGAUGCUCACUGAAGUGUGGGUGGAGGAUCCUUAUAUCCGUUAUGUGCAUCAGUUGUAUAAUUUUCUUCGAUUCUGUGAAAUGCUUAUUAAAGGGCCUUCAAAGGUAAAGAAAAUCAACUUGCUGACCUCUAGAGAUGAGGAGAAUGGAAAGGAGGUUCAGAUAAGUGGCCUACAAGAAAUUAAAACUUCACUUCAUGAUUAUGGUGUUACUCUAGAAGUCACAUUCUCCCCUUCAAUCCACGAUAGAGAAAUUAGGUUUAACAAUGGCUGGAUGAUUAAAAUUGGAAGAGGUCUUGACUAUUUUAAGAAGCCUCAGGGUCGAUUUUCUCUAGGAUACUGUGACUUUGAUUUAAGACCCUGCUAUGAAACAUCGGUGGAUAUUUUUCAUAACAAUCACACACGAAAGACCUGACAGGACUCAUCAUUUUAAAAGUCAUCCUUCCGCUAUGUCAAGUAUUUUGAACAAGCCUAUUCUGUGCAGUUUAAAGCAGCAUUUUGGUCCUGAACUUUUAAUGUUUAAAAAGUAGUGGAUCCAUGUUGGAUGUGAACUGAAAUACACUCUGCUUCAGGGCCCCUAUGUUUUGUGUGAUAUAAACUUUUUUUUAAAGAUCAUGUAUUUGUUUUUUCUGAUUGUGCAGUCACGUUAUCCAUUUAAAGGGCCAUGAUACCCAAAUGUUGAAACUAACACUUAAGUGAUGCAGUAUAGCUGUAAAAACCUGACUAGAAAAUAUCACGUGAAAAUCUCUAUGUAAAAAAGAAAGAUAUUUUACCUUAAAAUGUCCUAAGUAUCCACACCCCAUUGUAAAGUACUUUAAGCAGCAAAUCAGUAUGCCUGUCAUGGGACCUGCAAGGUAGCGUGUCUCAUACACACUCAUGUUAUUUCCCUGUUAAAUUUGCUAUGAAAUCUCAUGAGAGUUAAAGGGACAUUAUACACUAGAUUUUUCUUUGCAUAAAUGUUUUGUAGAUGAUCCAUUUAUAAAGCCCAUACAGUUUUUUUUUUUUGUUUGUUUGUUUUUAAAUUGAUAGUUUUGCUUAUUUUUAAAUAACAUUGCUCUGAUUUUGUGACUCCUAACCAAGCCCCAAAAUUUUAGAAUACCGACUUUUACCUACUCCAGCUUGCUUCUGUUUGUGUAAAGGGUCUUUUCAUAUGCAAAGGAAGGGGGAGUGUCUGAUAUUUCCCACUUGCAAUGGGUGUUCCAGUAACCUUUUAAACAGAGCUAAACUGGAAGCUUCUAAGUAAGUUUUUAAACUGUUUUAUACUGGAUUUUUAUAUCAGUAUCUGUGCAUAUUAUUCUUUGUAGUAGUGUCUAUUACGUGCAGUUAUAUGAAAAUUGUUGUAUACUAUCCCUUUAACUGAAAUAUCAUGAGAUCACAGUAAAAGAGUUCAUAACCUCAGCACUGCUGAUGCUGAUUGGCUGCUGUUCAUUUUCUUUUUUUUUUUUUUUUUUCUUUUUUUUUUUUAAUAACCUGUAGCUGGGCAGUAACUGAAAGAUAAGAUGCUGAGGAACCUAUGAGGUAAAAUAUUUUCCUUUUGAGGUGUUCUGGUGAUAUUUCCCUGUCAGCUUUUUACAGUUAUUAAGUGAUUUAGCGUAUGAGUAUUAUGUCCCUUUAAUGAAUAUGCAGCUUUUAUGGGCUACCUUUUUCUAUCUUGAAAGAUUUACAAAAGGAUUUACAACUACAUGUAUAUCUGCUAUCAGACAUUUAGCAAGGUUAUGUAUACAAGUAACUAAAAUUUAGGGGGUAAAAUUCUGUUUGCUCAAGUUCAAGAAAAUUGUUUAAGCAUAAUUAAAAGACCAAAAUGCUCAUACUGAUAGAAUGAGUCAUACAGUGUGGAAAUAAUAUUCUAGAAUGUGUUUAUUAAUUAGUACAGGUACUUGUGAAAUCUGACCUGUUAUUUCUCAGCAUAUGGAGCAAAAUGCUUUUGCACAGUGGACAGAGAGCUAAGCUACUUUAAGUGAAAGGAUAUUGCCAAAAACUCAAAUUUUACAUUUUUGUACACAAUACUUUAUUUUCCUGAUGGUUUUAAAAUAACACAAACAGGUUAUUAGUAAAUAGUUAUAUGUUUAAUGCCUAUUAGGUGUGUUUGUUUAAUUUAUUUUUAUAUGAGACUUGCACAGAUUUUAUUUUUAUCUGUUAUUUUUUUUAAAUAAACCAAGUAAAAAGAAAAUGGAUGUAAACAAUUAUUUAAGUAAAAAAAAAUAUAAUCAAAUUAUUGUGUGACACAGACAGCUGUAAUGUAACCUCUUGAUUGACUAAAACAUGCACAGACUAGUGAUUUAACAGUUUAAUUGUUUGGAGUAUACUGGCAAACACAUGGCUAAAUCAAUGCUAUAUAACACACGCCCAUUAUCUUUUGUCUUGACACUGGCUAACAUGGUAGUUGAAUAGUGGGGAUAGCCUGGCUGCCUCGUGGUGAUGCACAAGCUGAAGUGGCUGCCCAAUAUAUUUACCUCUGUUUUUUAUAUAUUAAAAGAAAAAUAUUUUACCAGCUCUAUACUCUACAUGAUCUCUAUAGAGAUCCCUGGAUAUGUAAACAUGUAAUAAAGUAACCAGGGGUGCCCAGAGGUACUUUGAAAAUAAUAGAAAAAAGGGAAUGAAGAUAGUGUACCUUAGCCAGCAUUCUCUCGUACACAAAUAAUUGCCCACUGGAAAUGACCCAGAGUCAGGUCAGAGGAAUUUGAUUGCCAAUAAGAAACCAUAGAUACUAAUGUACAAAACAAAGAAUGUAUUCCAAAUAUCAAGCAUAUCAAACAUCAUCUCCCAAUAUUCAACCUUAAAAAAAACAAAUGGCCACAUUAGAAGUAAACCUAAGGAGAUCUCCUAAAAUAAGGACUGUGGAUGAUCCCUAUGCAUGAGCUUGGAAUAUGCAUUAAAGCAAAGUGUUGGUAGCACAAUAAGCUGUUAGUGUGCAAAGGAACUUCCAUGCAAAGAUAAAAAGGAAUAGUUAAAGGCAACAAAAAAAUUCUCAAGCCUUAUUUAUAGUACAUCCAUUAAUUUGUAAUCCAAUUGGAGAGUUGAACUUACGUACACCGGCAACCAGGGUUACUAAGGAUCAUGCAAUGGCAAAAAAGAUUGUUGAACACAGUCCCCCUUAAGCUGUAAUAAUUAUGCAGAAAUUAAUCCUUGCCCAGAAGUACUCCAUAGGGAAAUCAUUGCCCUAUCCUGGAAGAUCUCACUAAGGAUUGAAACCUUCUCACCCAUAAAAGCCGUUUGUCUCUUGAUGAUGAUUCACCUUCCCUGAGUGUUAGAAUGCCAGACAUGUCGACCUGGUUGUCCGGACUCCUAGGUUCAGUAUUGUGGUCACCGUCUUCCAUAGCAAACUUGGGUGGCCAAGCUGAGAAAAGCCCUAAACGCUACACGUGUUUCUGCGCUCAGGCUAAUAUACUUCUUAAGCAUAACUGUGCUGGAAAAAAAAAUCUUUCUCCCAAUCUUCCUUUUCACCUUACCUUUCAUUAUUUCUUUGCUGAUAGUCGAAGAAAUUAAAAAAAAAAAAAAAAUGUACAUUAGUAUCUAUGGUUUCAUAUUGGAAAUCAAAACCCUCUGACCUAACUCUAACUCUUUCAAGAUUCAGAUAGAGCAAGUAAUUUUAAACAACUUUCCAAUAUCAAAAUCUGCACAAACUUUUUGUACGCACACUUGAGGCACCGAAGCACCAGCUCCCACUGAACAUGUGCAAGAAUUCACAAUAAAUACAUAUAUGCAUUUUGUGAUUGGCUAAUGGCUGUCACAUGAUGCAAGGGGAAGGAAAAUAAAACUGACAUUUUUCAGAAAAAAAUCUACUGUUGAUUUAAAUUCAGACUGUGUUUUUUUAUUUUUCAUUAUGCAUUUGUUGUUUAUGCAGUUCUACUGUAUUUAAUGUUCCUUUAAAAUUUAGCCAGAUAUUCCGUAAAAUCAGUCAGGUGAUGUGCCCAUUAAAUAGCGCCUGGAGAGAAUAGUGUGUGUAUAAUAUGUAGCAGAGGGUACAUAUGUUUUGAAUAUAAUUAUGUACCCUCUUAUAACUGGGAGCCCGAUGCUUUAAAGCUCUCCUCUCUCAUAAAAAUACUCCUCCAGCACUAUGAGAUUCUAAAAAGGCAGAUUUUUUUUAUACUUCUCCAAGGGUCAUUGCUUGAAUUUCUGUUUAUGAAGAAGAGAUAAUCCCAGUGCAAUAUAGCACUUCAUGACACAAGGGUUUUAUUACAUUUACACAUUGUGAUAUGUAUUUAUUACUUUAGCCUUCAGAUUGGCUCCUUUUUUAGAUUUUAUUACAUUUAAACUUUACACUUUCUAUUUUGUAUUUUAAUUCAUUUCUGUGCAACUAAUAAAUUCAAUAGGAAAAAAAGGGCUGAACCUGGAAGUCCCAGAGAUAUAAGAUGUCUUCCAUAGAAAGUAAUAUGGCUUUCUGGGAUAGAGAAUUUAACAGGGGAGAGUGUAUUGACUGUGUACAGCAAAUACAAAUUAAACUGAAAUGUUUUCAAUACAAUUUUUAACUUGCUUUUGUCUAAAGAAUAUAUUACUUUUCUGUCAGUUAAAUAAGUGUAUUGUGAAUUUUGAGCAAACUUCAUCUGUAUACAGCUGGCGCGAUACAUCCGUGAGACCUGCUUGUGUAAAAUGCUGAAUUGUUAGAGAGCCUCAGACAUGCACAGGGAACUCCCCUGUCCUCUCACUUUUUGAAGCUGUCAGUUUUGUUUUACAAUAGAGCAAACACAAAGUGCAAUGUAAUUUGUAAAAUAACAAAAACUUUCAAAGCAUAAUAAGAAUUUGUGAAAUCAAUGCUGUAUACAGAAUGUAAAUGCGUUAAAAUAGAAAGUGCAAAGCUUAAAUAUAAUAAAACUUAAAGAACCCAAUCUGAAGUGAUAAAGUAAUAUAAAAUACAAAGUGUAACAAAACUGUCAUGCAGUGCUAUAUUGCACUGGGCUUGUCCCUACACAUACAGAAAUGCAGGUAAUGCCCAUUAGAGAAGUGUCUAUGAUCUUGUGAGAGAUCUUGCAGUGCUGGAGGAUAAUUUUAGAUCAUCUCAUCUGCAGAGCUUUAUGGGAGGCAGCUCUCAUCUCUCUGGGACUUCCAGGUUCCGCACUUUUUUCUUAUAGCAUUCAGUGAGUUUCACCCCUGUGAAGUCUGCACUAUAAUUUCUCUCCAAGCUGGAGCAUCUUUUCUCAUCAGGCCCUAAGUAAUUCAUGUCUGUUAAACUGAAACUCUGUAGUUGUAAUCCACUAUUUUUAUUAGAAUUCUUACUGCUAAAUCCAACUGCAUUUAAAUCCCUAUAUUGCAAACAAUGGACUAUUGCGUUACAGUGUACUGCAUGUCUCUAUAUGAAGACAUUCUGUUGAAAAGUACACUUUUUGAUAUUAAAGUGCAAAUGCAGCUGAGGAAACGAACAUUACUGAUUAAUUGCAGCAAUUAAUACAUUUGGUUCAAGGGUUUUGUAUACAAAAUGUUCUAAAACACUACAUUUGGCAUUAAUAUAUCAACCCUUGACAUAAGUGUAAGUGCAUAUUUUCCUCUGGGAAUAUUGAUAUUUUCAUGUGCAAUCCCUUCCUUUGUUCUCAUAUUGAGAAUGUAGUUGUUGCUUUGUUUUAUAUGUGAUGAUGCUUUUUAAUAAAAAAAAAAGUGGAAAUUG